CAGUGCACAAAGCAUAACUCCAGGAGACUGGGAACAAGGAACAGUGAGACUAGCAUAGUAUGUCAGUAUACCAACAGCAUCAUAGUCACACGAGUAUAUACAAUACAGCCUAGAAAAUCAGCAUUCAGAGGAUCCGGAAAGAGCAGCAAGAGGAGAGUCGGGAAGAAGAAAGGAGGAGGGAGCUCUUUCUGCCUUAAUAGGCAGUGGAUGCAGCGAUCAGCAUCUGUGAUCAGCUCUCUAGGAUUAAACACGGCAGGACGGAGGAUGCUACUGUUGCUUUUGCAGCUCUGCAAGGUCAGGAUCUAGCAUUCAAAUAGAACAGCCAACAUCCCUGAGAGCUGCAGCUGCACCUAUACUGAACGGAUAUUUGCUGCUGUUACCCUGUCUUGCUUUUUAUGUUUGCCAAAAACCCAGGAGAAUAUUGUACACCCAGUGGAGCGAUGCCUGUUCCAGACCAACCAUCAUGUUCAGAGAAAACCAGUUCCCUUAGUCCUAUAUUGAAUACAUCCAAUGGAGAUGGUUCUGAAACAGAAACAACAUCAGCUAUUCUUGCUUCUGUUAAAGAACAGGAGCUGCAGUUCGAGAGACUGACUCGAGAACUGGAGGCGGAACGUCAGAUUGUUGCCAGCCAACUAGAGAGAUGUAAGAUUGGUUCAGAAACUGGCAGUAUGAGUAGUAUUAGUUCAACAGAAGAACAGUUCCGCUGGCAAACCCAAGAUGGCCAAAAGGACAUAGAGGAUGAACUAACAACUGGCUUAGAAUUGGUGGACUCAUGUAUUAGGUCGUUACAGGAGUCAGGGAUUCUUGACCCUCAGGAUUAUUCUUCUAGUGAAAGACCCAGCCUCCUAUCCCAGAGUGCACUUCAACUCAGUUCUAAACCUGAAGGGUCUUUCCAGUAUUCAUCAAGCUACCAUAGCAACCAGACCCUUGCCUUGGGGGAAUCAUCAGCAUUGCAGUUCCCAAGCCGCAGUAAUCAAGCCAGAUCUGCCAUUCAAAGCUACAGUCAAGGCACGACAAGCAGAUCAGCUCAUUCAUCUGGAUCUGAACCCUCACAAUCACAUGCUGCCUCCCAGUCAAGAGAGUCCUUUGUGCCAAGCCAUGGGAGUGCUUUCCAUUUGCCUGAUUCCCAGCAUUCUUCAACACUUUAUUAUUCAAGCUCUACAUUGCCAGCACAGAGAGUAAGCUCUCCCUUAUCCAUGCAGCAAGUAGGGUCCCCAUCUAAACUGCAGAGGGUGGGAUCUGCCUCAGAAAGCACUGGAUACAGUACCACUCAAAGGGUUUCCUCACCUAAGCAGUCCCCAAGCCGUCUUGCAAAGUCCUACAGCACCAGUUCGCCAAUCAACAUUGUGGUGUCAUCUGCGGGACUUUCCCCUUCAUCUGUACGUGUGACCUCUCCACCUACCAUUCAGUCUAAUAUAUCCUCUUCACCUUUGCAUUCGUUGAGUUCAACCAUUGGUACAUAUGCAACCUUGUCACCUACCAAACGCUUAGUUCACAACUCGGAUCAGUACAAUAAGCACUCACAAGAACUUUACGCCACUGCCACACUGCAGAGACCUGGCAGUUUAACAGCUGGAUCUCGAGCAUCUUAUACUAGCCAGCACAGUCAUUUGGGCUCUGAGAUAAGGUCUUUGCAGUCCCCAGAGCAUCAUAUAGAUCCCAUUUAUGAAGAUCGGGUGUAUCAGAAGCCACCUAUGAGAAGCCUCAGCCAAAGCCAGGGAGAUCCAUUACUACCAGCACACACCAGUUCAUAUCGAACAAACACAGACACUGUCCCUGAUUUUGAUCCCAUGUCCCUGAUUUUUAAGAGUGUUGUCCCUGAUUUCUCUGUGGGAGAUUUGAGAGCCCCAUCUUCCCCUGGUGUCGACUCCGUACCCUUACAGAGAACAGGCAGCCAACAUGGUACCCAGAAUGCAACUGGAACCUUCCAGAGGGCCAGCUAUGCUGCAGGCCCUGCCGCCAAUUAUGCAGAUCCAUACCGACAGCUGCAGUAUUGUCCUUCUGUUGAUUCACCUUACAGCAAAUCUGGACCAGCUAUCCCACCAGAAGGAACAUUAGCUAGGUCCCCAUCCAUUGAUAGCAUUCAGAAAGACCCCAGGGAAUUUGGUUGGCGAGACCCUGAACUUCCAGAAGUGAUACAAAUGUUACAGCAUCAGUUCCCUUCUGUUCAGUCUAAUGCUGCUGCUUAUUUGCAACAUCUCUGUUUUGGAGACAAUAAAAUUAAAGCAGAGAUAAGAAGACAAGGUGGAAUUCAGCUACUGGUAGAUCUACUGGAUCAUCGAAUGACAGAAGUGCAUCGCAGUGCUUGUGGAGCACUCAGGAACUUAGUUUAUGGCAAAGCCAAUGAUGAUAAUAAAAUUGCCCUAAAAAACUGUGGAGGUAUUCCAGCAUUAGUUCGACUUCUUCGCAAAACAACAGAUCUGGAAAUCCGAGAACUUGUGACAGGAGUCUUGUGGAAUCUCUCUUCUUGCGAUGCCCUUAAAAUGCCAAUCAUACAAGAUGCCCUUGCAGUGUUGACAAAUGCAGUGAUUAUUCCUCAUUCCGGGUGGGAAAAUUCAAUACUUCAGGAUGACCGCAAAAUACAAUUACAUUCAUCACAGGUGCUGCGUAAUGCCACUGGGUGCCUACGGAAUGUGAGCUCUGCUGGAGAGGAGGCACGUAGGCGCAUGAGAGAGUGUGAUGGAUUAAGUGAUGCAUUACUGCAUGUCAUCCAGUCUGCACUUGGGAGCAGUGAAAUAGAUAGCAAGACCAUUGAAAACUGUGUGUGUAUUUUGAGGAACCUCUCAUACCGAUUAGCCGCAGAAACAUCUCAGGUACAGCAGAUGGGGACUGAUGAGCUUGAUGGAUUGCUUUGUGCGGAUAAUAAUGGCAAAGAUACUGAAAGUUCAGGAUGCUGGGGCAAAAAGAAGAAGAAAAAGAAAUCACAAGAUCAGUGGGAUGGAGUUGGCCCUCUUCCUGACUGUGCAGAUCCACCAAAAGGAAUACAGAUGCUAUGGCAUCCUUCAAUAGUCAAACCCUACCUCACACUUCUCUCUGAGUGCUCAAACCCUGAUACAUUAGAAGGUGCAGCAGGAGCAUUACAAAACUUAGCUGCAGGGAGCUGGAAGUGGUCAGUUUAUAUCCGUGCUGCUGUCCGUAAAGAGAAAGGCCUGCCUAUACUUGUGGAACUUCUUCGUGUAGAUAAUGAUAGAGUUGUAUGUGCAGUUGCUACUGCUUUGCGAAAUAUGGCCUUAGAUGUAAGAAACAAAGAACUGAUUGGUAAAUAUGCCAUGAGGGACUUGGUGCACCGUCUUCCUGGGGGGAAUAACAGCAACAACUCCGCAAGCAAGGCCAUGUCUGAUGACACUGUUACUGCCAUCUGCUGUACCCUGCAUGAAGUUAUUACGAAGAACAUGGAAAAUGCCAAAGCCUUACGGGAUGCAGGGGGCAUUGAAAAGUUGGUUGGCAUUUCAAAGAGUAAAGGGGACAAGCAUUCACCAAAAGUAGUAAAGGCAGCAUCUCAGGUCCUAAACAGUAUGUGGCAGUAUAGAGACCUCAGAAGUCUAUACAAAAAGCAGGAUGCCCCAGGCUUGAAAGUGAAUGAGGAGAGAGGAUAUACACCCACCCUUCAGUCUGAGCCAGACAACGCUCUGUAUACGUUCACCCAGGGCCAAGCGACCAGAAACAAUUCCCAGAUCCAGGAUGGCUGGUCACAGUAUCAUUUUGUAGCCUCAUCAUCGACUAUUGAAAGGGACCGGCAAAGACCGUACUCUUCCUCUCGCACACCAUCAAUAUCUCCUGUUCGUAUGUCUCCUAAUAAUCGUUCAGCAAGUGCCCCUGCCUCCCCUCGAGAAAUGAUUAGCCUCAAAGAAAGGAAGUCAGAUUAUGAGUCAGCUGGAUCAAAUGCAACUUAUAAAGGAGAACACACGUCUAGGAAAGACGCAAUGACAGCUCAAAACACCGGAACCUCAACUUUAUAUAGGAAUUCCUAUGGUACCCCUGCUGAAGAUAUUACACAUAACCAGGUAGCAAGUAUUGUUAUAUCCCUACCUGAGGAUAGAAGCAGGGUGGGUGUUAGCGACCCUGCAACAUCUUUAAAUAUUUCUACCCAGCCAGUUCCACAAGAGUCAAGUAGAAAAGACUAUGACACCUAUCAACCAUUUCAAAAUUCGACAAGAAAUUAUGAUGACACCUUCUUUGAGGACCAGGUGCACCACCGUCCUCCUGCCAGCGAGUACAAUAUGCAUCUGGGACUAAAGUCAACUGGCAACUAUGUUGACUUCUAUUCUGCUGCUCGUCCCUAUAGUGAACUUAAUUAUGAAACAAGCCACUAUCCUGCUUCUCCAGACUCCUGGGUUUAAAACUCAACCACGACUUAUAGAUCCAGGAAACUGUGCAUGUGCAUGAAUACCACAAGACAUUUUUUCCCCUUGCAAAUUUAGUUUGUCACGCCUGUUCCUUAGAAAGGCUCUUCUUACCAUUGUGAAAAAUUGAUUAUUAUGUUGUAGAAGGCAUAAGAGGAGGAAACAAAUAUUUUUAAAGUAGAGAGAUUUACAAGUAGAUAUUUUUUUUCUUUAUGGGAGGGAGCUUUAAAAUUGUACCAGGCUAUGUAAUAAAUCAUUGGAUAAAUUGUGGGUGAAAUCUGAUGGCUCAGUGUUGCACUGACAUCUCCACUCUAAUAUCUGGCCUAAUUAUAAGAAUAUACAUGGUCUAUAAUUAAUGUGUAUGAGUGUGGUAAGAAUAUAUCACAUUGGGUGUGUUAUAAGAUAAUGUUAAGCACAAGAAAUUAGUUUACACUAUUUAUGGGGAACAGCUUCUCACAUUUUGUUUUCUUUCUCAUUCAUUGUGAAUCUAGGCUUCAAGUUGCAUUUGGGGUUCCUCUGUACAGCAAGAGGUUUCUUGCUUUUUGUUACUGCUUUGUUGUAAAGUAUUUGAUGUACAUUACAGAUAAAAAAAUAGUGCAUUGUGUAUAUUA